GAGCACUGACAGCGUUUUGAUUCUUUAGCAGUGAGUUUUGUGCGGUUUGCGUUUUAAUGCUUAAAACUAAGCGAGUUCAUGGCGUUUGGAUUUAGUCGUUAACGCGCGGCCAACACGAUCAGUUCAAACGGUUUUAAGCUAAAGGCAGAAGAAUCCGGAAGACCCUUACAAGUCGACAGACCAUACAACAGACAACAGCGACAGACUCACCAAUUCAACGCACGAUUGUUGAAAUUUGUGCAAAAUUUUUGAUUACUCAGAAGAAGAAAUAUUCAAAGAAAGAAUACCUAGCAUUGCCAAAAAAGUGUCUGAAGUGAAAAAAUAAAAAUAUUUCAAACAUUACAGUGUGUAUAUUUGUAUCUGAGAAAGUGUAUCUGUAAUUAUUUUUCAUAAAUUUCUGUUCGCACAUAACGUUUUUCUUUGUGUUAGCAAAACGUUGAACACAAAUCGCUCGUCGUUAAGAAAUAAACAAAAUUAAUUAUAAACAAAAGUUAAUAACAAUUUUUGUUUUGAACUUCAGUUCGUGCUCAGCAGUGUUUUAAGUCGAGUGGCUUCAACUGAAUCGGAUAUAAUCAGUUCAAAACGGAUAAACUUGAUUUGGCAAAAUUUUGCAACCGCUUUUAACUGUUCGUUUUUAGGAAAUCUUAAAUAUUUGUGUAAAAACAAUAUAUGAUGAGUAAAAAUGGACACCAAAAUCCGGCAUUCGUUAACGAUUGCAUUGACAAAGCACCACAAAAACUUUCAUUAGAGUUGACAGAAAAGGGUGGAAAAGCAGUAGUGACUAAAGAUCCGGAGUAUAAUCCAUAUGCUCAUAGGGAGGUGGAACAUCCUACAACGAAUUCCGAAACUCUGUUUCAUUUACUAAAGGGUUCCUUGGGCACUGGUAUUCUUGCGAUGCCAAAUGCCUUCAAAAAUGCUGGUUAUAUUACCGGAUCAAUAGGAACUAUUGUUAUUGGUUAUAUCUGCACAUAUUGCAUCCAUCAACUCGUUAAAGCUGAAUUAGAGUUAUGCAAACGCAAAAAGGUUCCCAGUAUGAAUUAUCCAGCAGUGGCUGAACAUGCUUUAAGUGAAGGUCCUACAUUCUUUAAAAGCAUGUCACCGUACAUUGGACACAUUGUAAAUACAUUUCUAUUGAUUUAUCAAUUGGGUACAUGUUGUGUUUACGUUGUAUUUGUAGCAUCGAAUAUUAAAUCCAUUGCGGAUUAUUAUCUCGAAACGCCUAUCGAUGUACGCCUAUGUAUGCUUAUAAUACUCAUACCUUUAAUAUUAAUUAACUGGGUUCGAAACCUUAAAUACUUGGCACCUUUUUCCACAUUAGCCAACUUUAUUACAAUAAUAUCGUUCGGAAUUAUAUGCUACUACAUUUUCCGUGAACCAGUUACAACUGAGGGAAAGGAUCCAUUUGGUACCGCAUAUGGCUUUCCACUUUUCUUUGGCACAGUACUAUUUGCGUUGGAAGCAAUUGGGGUCAUCUUACCAUUGGAAAAUGAAAUGAAAACUCCAAAAAAAUUUGGUGGAAGUUGCGGAGUUUUAAAUGUCGCUAUGAUAUUGAUUGUAUUUUUAUAUGUUGGUAUGGGCCUCUUUGGUUAUCUUAAUUAUGGCAGUAAUGUUGAAGGUUCAAUAACAUUAAAUUUGCCAGCAAAAGAUAUUUUGGCUCAAUGCGUAAAAGGAUUAUUAGCAUUUGCAAUCUACAUCACACAUGGGUUGGCUUGCUACGUUGCAAUCGAUAUAACAUGGAAUGAUUAUGUUGCUAGAAAACUUGGACCACAACGUAAGAAAGUAUUUUGGGAAUACGCCGUACGUACUUUAUUGGUUCUUGUUACUUUUCUACUAGCUGUUGCUAUACCUAACUUGGAACUCUUCAUAUCACUGUUUGGCGCACUCUGCUUAUCAGCUCUAGGCCUAGCUUUCCCAGCCUUAAUACAAAUAUGUACACAUUGGUAUUACACUGAAGGACUGUCAAAGAUCUGGUUACUUUUGAGCAACUUUGUCCUGAUCAUUGUAGGUGUGCUAGGCUUAGUUAUUGGCACCUACACUUCACUCUCGGAGAUUAUAGCUACAUUCACUAAUCAUGAAGCCCACUAAUUACAAUGGAUGGCAAAUAUUCUAGCACAUUCCACCAAUUAUUUUUAAACUAAUUUAGUAUUAAACAUAGACAUACCUGUACAAUUAUUAAGAAUAUUUAUCUUGUAAGGAGUAAACGAAGUAAACGAAUAUUUAUAUAUCUUAGGAUUUUAUUUAAUGUAUCAUUUUAUAGUUUAUAUUUAGUGAAAUUUAUAAAUGUGAUAUGUAAGUAUCUUUUAUGAGUGCCUUAUUGUAUAUGUAUUUCUGGUUAGAAAUGUAAAUGAUUUUUUAUAUAUCCUAAAUCACUAUAAUUAAUAUAAAGCUUUUCUUCAAAAGCCUUAAAGGGCUAUAAUAUAUUUUAGUGAUAUUUAUUCUAAGCAGCUUUAUAUAUAUGCCA